CGACACCUGGCUACCCCCAAACAUCCAUUAUUCAUUGGUUUCAAUUGCAUUGAUAGUAAAAAUCUUCAUAUUGUGUUAGACUGCUGCGCCACUCGGGAGACCUAAGGCACUGCAUCUCAGUGCUAGAGGCAUCACUACAGACCCUGUUUCGAUCCCGGGCUGUAUCACAACCGGCCACGAUCGAGAGUCCCGAGUCCCGUAGGACGGUGCACAAUUGGCCCAGCGUCGUCUGGGUUAGGGGAGGGUUUGGCCGGGGUAGGCCGUCAUUGUGAAAUAAGAAUUUGUUAUUACUGAUUUGCCUAGUUAAAAAAAAAAGAGUAAAAACAUUACCAUCUACUGGACAGAUAAUGUAACUGCCUUUUGGGACAUAAUUCCAAUGCAUUUCAAACAUCGUGAUAAAACAAAAAGUAACCAGAAACUGUGAUGCCUCAGCUUAACAUGGACUUUCAGAUGAGUAUGAUGGUGUCAAUCAAGAGAUGCACAGCUACUUCCGCCAAGCCUCUGUGAACCGGAAGGAUAUCAUUAAACUUCCUGGGGUCUGGGAUCCUUUUGUUCUGAGUUACAUUAAUAUGCUGGAAUUCUACAACGAUCACGAGGGAACUGUGAAGGUUCUGAAUGACUAUGCCUAUGACAUCAGUUUGCCCCCCAAUGCCCAUGUCUACCUCUACCGGUACAUGAAGAAAUGCAACCACCCAUCAAAUAAACUGCUCAGUGCUCAAGCCUUAGAUCCUGCAAACAUUGGUCCCAAGUCACGAGUUAAUGCUGGUAUACAGUUCUCUUCUGCUACAGUCCGAGAGAGUGAUCUUCAGAAGGCUCUAGGUGUUGUUCUGGAUCUCCUGGACUUAUCCAGUUGGAGGAGAAACUUGGAUGUCUGGAACCAUUUGAUGACCAUCGUGAAGAGGCUGAGACCCAGAAAACAAUGGCUGAAGAUUGUUGCAGAGGAGUUGGUGAACAGAAUGGACUGGUGGCUAGCAAUGCACUUCACAACAUUCCUGGCCAGGAGAGACUUGGCAAUGAAUGGGGUGCUACUGGAAGUGAAGUGCUUUGUGCUUGGAGCCUUUUGUCCUCGCUAUGCCUUCAUGUACCGUGGUGUAGGUAAGGACACCCAAAAAUAAGUUACUUCCGAGGCGCAGAAGACUAGGUCAGAGAGGUCAGAGAGGUCAGAGAAGGAUAAGGAAUCCAAGAUGGCUAAGGCUCAGAAGAGAAUUCGGAAAGCAAAGCUGACUUUGAGAAAGUGUCUCGGAAUGCUGCUGGGCGCAUCGGCGAGAACAGAAACGCCUGAUCAUGGCAGACAACCUCCUCAUGUAGGAAAAAUCAUGGCAGACAUAACCUCCUCAUGGAGGAAAAAUCAUGGCAGACAUAACCUCCUCAUGGAGGAAAAAUCAUGGCAGACAUAACCUCCUCAUGGAGGAAAAAUCAUGGCAGACAUAACCUCCUCAUGGAGGAAAAAUCAUGGCAGACAUAACCUCCUCAUGGAGGAAAAAUCAUGGCAGACAUAACCUCCUCAUGGAGCAAAAAUCAUGGCAGACAUAACCUCCUCAUGGAGGAAAAAUCAUGGCAGACAUAACCUCCUCAUGUGGUCAUCGGGUCAUACUCUCUCCCCUUCCAUGACAGCUGCUCCAACUACACCCCCUCACUGCAGGCCUCACUCUCCUUGCAUUGCUUUACUUCUCAAGUUCUACGAUUGUCCACCAGGGAGGGCUCACACGAUGGCUAAGUUUUGAGUCAUUCUGAAUGCUGCUGAGCCAGUAACUGAGAGCUGUGUUCACUGUGGUAGUUCGUAGGGAAAAAAGGAGGCUGGGUAUGCUGCAGUAUUAAGUCUAGGACACGGUACACAGCUCUCCCAACGGGUAGAUCGCAGCCAACAUGCAUGAGUAGCUCACCAAGCAAUUCUGAAAGUACAUGCAUGUUUUUCAUGUGUUCCCAUCGCAAACUUUCAUAAACAAGCUCCUGGCUACUAUUCAACCAAAACCACAUUGACAUUAUCCUACCCCUGGUUAGCCACUAUUGGCUUAAAAAGCCCAAAUUAACACUAAAUCUGCCAAUUUAUUUCUGGCAAUAUUUCCAUUUGCCUCAGUCUGUCUGCUUGGUACGUGCAUUUGUCUAUCACUCAGUAUGCUGCCAGUUAGCCGUGCUAGUAAUGAUAACCAUCUUGUGGGUAGACAGACUUUCUGCAAAAACUCAAUUAAAUGGUAACUGCAAAGCAGGCUUGCCUGACGGAAAGAUAUGAUUAUUUUUUAUCAAUUGGGUGGCCAUCCUUUUGCAAACUCUACCAUAACGUGCUGCAGCCGUAGGCCUAACAAACAUCACUACACUGACAUAUUCCCCACUUUCUGAAUGCGCAAUUAAAGGGGAGUUGCACAUGAAAAUUGAAAUUUUUAUUUUUAUUUUUCAGACUUCAAUUGCUCUUCUGUGAUUUUAAAUUCUGAAAUUUCCUUCCCCAAUUACAUUUUCUGUCAAGAUAGCAACUCCACCCCCUUCAGCAGUUCUAUCUACUGUAGAGAGAGCCUGCAGAGUUCUGUCAUACUAUCCAGGUUUGUGCCCAAACAGUUCGAGCUUCUACUUUCUCGCCAGAAAUGAGUCCCUCGCUGUUGCUGCUUGUUAUAGACCCCUCCUCAGCUCUCAGCUGUGCCCUGGACAUCAUAUGUGAAUUGAUUGCCCCCAUUUAUCGUCAGAGUUCGUACUGUUAGGUGACCUAAACUGGGAUAUGCUU